CCAAUACGUCAUCGGUUUGCGACUUGGAGUAUAAAGACGGAAAAAGUUUUCGUAAACAUCAAGCCGUUUGGGGCAUUUUGCCCACAUUUUACACUCUUUUCACACUAAUCCUGGUUCAGAAUGGUCGUGUGUAACUUUUUCCUUCAGGGCCGGUGUCGUUAUGGGGAGAAGUGUUGGAAUGAGCACCCCAGAGGCGGAAACAGAGGAGGUUAUAACGACAAUUACAACCGCGCUCCUGACCAGCAACAGUCCAGACGACAAGGAGGAGGUAAUUCUGUUUCACAGGCAACACUUUAAACCCCUUCAUCACUUACAAGUGUUCAGUCGUGGUCCACACGUUUGUUUUUCCUUUCUACGUCACGCUGCUCUGUGACGUUUCACCUUGACCAGAAGCAAAUGAAGGGAAAGGACUGGUCCAGACUUUGCUGUGGGUUGAAUCAGAUUUCCUUUUUAACUCUAUUUUUGUGCACAUUUUAUAAACUCUUCUUCUUACUCCAGAGGAACGUUCUGGAUAAUAUUCCUCAGCCUGACUUGUUGCUGACAGUUGCUCAGACACGUUGAUCUGGAACAGUUUGUCUUGGAGGAGGUCUGGCAGGACUGUAUUGAAGGCAGAGCUGAAGUCCAUGAACAGGAUCCUGGCGUAGGUACCCGGGAAAUCCAUAUGCUGCAGGAUGAAGUGUAGAGCCAUGCAGAUGACAUCAUCUAGACCUGUUGGCUCUGCAGGCAAACUACAGGGAGUCCAGGAGGAUGUUAAAAUGGUUUGGAAACAAAGUUUGGGUGAAUCCUUCCCAACAACGAGGCGGCUACAUCCAGCCUUCAUCCUUCUCCCAGGAAAGGGAUGACUGGGGUUUUCGGGGAGGAGGGGGGAGAAGAGAGAACCCGAAGAGCUCUGAAUUCUCAUUCUCCAAUCAAAACCGAUUCUCCGCCUUCAAUUCUUCAAACACAUUUGAUAGGGGAGGAAGAGGAGUUGGAGGAGGAAGAGAAGAGGGAGGAGGAGGAAGAGUAGGAGAUGAAGAUGAGGAUAAAAAACUGGAGAUGAUUCAGACAGACAUGGGUGUUUGGGAGAGUUCAAAGCAGUGGGGCUUCUCCUGUUACUCCUGCGCCAAGGCUUCCAUAUCUGGGUUCACAGAUCUGUCUCCAGAGGAGCUCAGGUUGGAGUAUUACACCGCCAGAGCCUCAGGGGAUCUGCAGAGCUACCUUAACGGCGUCAAUCAGCUGCUGAGUCAGUGGAAGAGCCGAGUCCAGGAGCUGAAGGUCAUGAGUCCCACCACGCGUUUAGCUUUGCUUGCAGAGUUGAAUGGGAGCGCUCCUCAGCCGUCCUCCAGCGGCUUCGGUUCUGCAACAUCGACCGGGUUCGGCUUUCCCACGUCCAGCUUUGAAAACAAAGGAUUCGAUGCCCCGCCCCCCCCUCAGGCCAGCUCCUUCAGCUUUACAACUCCAACCAGCGGCUUUGGCUCCUCGGCUGCUCCCCUGUCAUCCUCUACUGGCGUUGGUGGCACUCUGCCAGCUCCCACACAGCCUCCUUCUGGGUUUGGGUCCUCCUCUACACCUUCAGCUUCCACUUUUUCAUUUGCCCCCCAGACCACCAACAAGUCUGAGGACUCGUCUGGAUUCGGCUCGGCCUCCGGGUUCAGCUUCUCCGCGGCAAACGCUGGAGGAGGAUUUGGAGAGCAUCCAGCUGCAGGAGGCAGCAGCAGCGGGGGUUUUGGGGCACCGGCACCUGAAGCCGGGUCCGCCCCCGCCACGCCCUCAGACAGCCUGUUCUCACCUGAGAGCAAUCUCACUGAAGAAGAACUGAAUCAGUUUAAGGCAAAGAAGUUCACGUUAGGUCAGAUUCCCCUAAAGCCUCCACCAGCUAACAUGCUGCUGGUGUGAUCCCACCAGAUGUGGUUAGUAAUGUUUUACAGCAAGGCGGAAAAAAAUCAGCUUUUUAAAACAUUUUAGACCCAACACACAAAAUAAGUCCUAUUUUUGAAUUCUAAAUGACCCGCUAUGACGUUUACUCUGUUUGUAGAAAGCGAAUGAUCUCAUCUACAAAUGAGUGAUGAUGUCAGAUGUUGAGGACAGGAAAUGUCCUGAGCUGUUUUUGGAAGCUUGUACUUGCACAUUUGAGUCAGGAGGGGGCGUCAUAAUCAAAGCCUUAAUGCCUGACAAAUGCUGGCUUCAUUUGAAGCUCUUAAAUGUGAUGAAAUAUUAAAGCGACUGAACCUGC